AAAAAAACCCGAAUCAAAAGUAUUCUUUUUUAUUGUUUUAUAUAUUUAUCAAAUUAUUAAACAAAUGAGUGGCAAUUUUCCAAUGUCAAUUAGAAGUGUCGGAGAAUGUGAAGAUGAAAUAAUUUGUAGAAAAUCCAUUAAGUUAUCCAACAACACAUUUGUUAUCCAAAGAAUUUUACCAAUUCAAUGUGAACUUAAUUUCAAUGAUAAGGGACAAUGGCCAAUUACGAAUAUCAACAAUAUUUGCCCCUCAAACAUACAUAUAAAUGGUAUUAUAAUCAACAAAAACAUACCACGAGGGAAUAUUACAGAAGUAGAUUUAAAACAGUUCGAGUCUGAAUCAGAUCAAAUGAAAGACAUUGUGCAAAAAUUAUUAGUAGAAAAUGUACGUGAAAAUGAAGAAACUAUGGAAAAGUUAAAAAAUCAGGACCGUGAAAUUCAAGAAAUUAAACAACAAUUAUACGAAAAAGAACAGGAAAAUGUAUUAAUGAAAAAAAAGUUAAAUGAAAAAGAAGUAGAAAAUGAAGAAAUUAGAAAUAAGUUAAAUGAAAACAAACGGGGAAGUGAAAAAUUAGAAAUUGAAAGUCAAGGUGAAAACGACGAAUUGAUACAAAAAUUAGAAGAUGAACGUGAAAAUGAAAAAGUUAGACAAGAAUUAAGAUAUAAAUAUGAAGAAAUUAUUAAAAAAUUUAUCAAUAAGAAUGGCUUAUAUGAACAAUUUGAAAAAAUAAAACAAAUAAUUGAAGAAUAUGAAUGCAUAGAACACGAAGAAGUUGAACAAGAAGAUAAAGAUAACAAAAAACGGAAAUAUAAACUAAUUAUUGAUAAAUUUAUCGUAAAAAAUAAUGUACAUCCCGCUGUGGAAUUUAAAAAUUUAAAGCAGAUCGUUGAAGAAUAUGAACGUGAAGAAAAAGCAAUUUUUCAAGAAGAUAAACGCAAGUCCAAAGAAAGAUCGCAAGUAUUAACCGAAAAUGGACAUGAAAAUGAAAAGAUUUUACAAAAAAUAUUGGAAAAGAAACAUAAACAUGAAGAAGUUGUACAACAAUUAAAAGAAAAGGGACGGGAAAAUGAAGAAAGUAUGGAAAAGUUAAAAAAUCAGGAACGUGAAAUUCAAGAAAUUAAACAACAAUUAUACGAAAAAGAACAGGAAAAUGUAGUAAUGAAAAAAAAGUUAAAUGAAAAAGAAGUAGAAAAUGAAGAAAUUAGAAAUAAGUUAAAUGAAAGCAAACGAGGAAGUGAAAGUAUUAGAAAAAAGUUGAAUGAAAAAAAAUUGCAAAAUGAAAAUAUUAUAAAAAAGUUAAUUGAAAAAGAACGUAGAAAUGAAGUACUCUUACAAAAAUUGAAUGAAAGAGAUCGUGAAAACGAGAAAAUUAUUCAAGAAUUAGAAAUUGAAAGUCAAGGUGAAAACGACGAAUUGAUACAAAAAUUAGAAGAUGAACGUGAAAAUGAAAAAGUUAGACAAGAAUUAAGGUAUAAAUAUGAAGAAAUUAUUAAAAAAUUUAUCAAUAAAAAUGGCUUAUAUGAACAAUUUGAAAAAAUAAAGCAAAUAAUUGAAGAAUAUGAAUGCAUAGAACACGAAGAAGUUGAACAAGAAGAUAACAAAAAACGGAAAUAUGAACUAAUUAUUGAAAAAUUUAUCGUAAAAAAUAAUGUACAUCCCGAUGUGGAAUUUAAAAAUUUAAAGCAGAUCGUUGAAGAAUAUGAACGUGAAGAAAAAGCAAUUUUUCAAGAAAAUAAACGCAAGUCCAAAGAAAUAUCGCAAGUAUUAACCGAAAAUGGACAUGGAAAUGAAAAGAUUUUACAAAAAAUAUUGGAAAAGAAACAUGAACAUGAAGAAGUUAGACAACAAUUAAACGAAAAGGAACGGGAAAAUGAAGAAAAUAUUCGAAAACUAAAUGAAAGUGAACGAAAAAAUGAAGAAAUUACAGUAAGCUUAAAAGAGACCGAAGAGAAUCUUAUUGAUGUUCUGAACCAAUUAAAAAAUGAACUAGAACAUCAGGAAUUGUUAAGAGAAGAUCUAAAAAAUCAAAGUCAAGAAAGCCAAGCGUUAUUAUUACGAGAAUUGGAAUCUGAAUUGGAAUGUUCAAUUUGUAGUGAAAUAUUUAUUGAAACCACUACUUUAAAUUGUAAGCAUUCAUAUUGCAAUUUUUGCAUUGUACACUGGCAACAAACUCAGAAUAAUUGUCCAAUUUGUCGUGAACAAAUUGAAUAUCGAGUUCAAAUAAAUGUAAUGGAUGGUUUUAUAAAUAAAAUUUUUGAAAAUUUAUCUGAUGAUAUGCAGAAAAGACGUUUGGAGUUAAUCAACGAACGAUCUGGUUCUUCCUAAAAGAAGGCAUAUAAUAGAAAUCUAUGACAGAAUUGCAUAAAUAUUUUUGUUAUUUAAAGCUCUACUCACAGACCAAAAAAUAUUACUUGUAUUAUUGCGCUCAGAAUAGACUGGGAGCACUGAUACAAAAUUUCUAACCAUUUGUUAUAGUAUAGGUCGUAUUUAAUUAUUGAAAUGAAAAUGAUGGUCACAGCGUUGAUCGUAGAGGCCCAAUCAAGGACAAUUAAAAGAAUUUGUUACACAUGUAAUUUUAUAUACUGCAGUUCAAAAGCGACUAUUUGAAAUUGAAACCGUUAAAAAAGUAUGUCAAGAUGACUUUCGUGGAUAACAAAGAAAAAAAAUUGAAUCCUUCCAUUAUGGCCCUUUCCUGUGACCGUUAUUUUUCAUGCAUUAUCGAAUAUAUUUUUCUGUCUGGAUCUCAAAGUCUAAUAUUCUCGAAAUAUCCUAGUAUCACUCCAUCAUUUUUACAAAACUGUGCCAUAAAAGUCAUAAAAUUAUACCAAUUUUUUUUUACUCUCUUUCUCUUCUGCAGAAUAGAAUAUUAUAGAAUAGAAUGAGUAUUUUGGUUUUAAAAAAAGGUAAGACUAAUUCAGAAAAAGAAAAAUUAUUUCAGAGAAAAGAAGACUUAUUCACAGUAAUUUAGAAUUAUUCGUAAUUCCUGAAGAAAACAAGUCGGGCCAUUCUCAAUUAAUCCGACAUAAUUGAUUUACUAUUAAGAUAUUUAAAGUUUCACAUUUAACGCUGUCAGCACCACGAGUUAAAAACACGUAAACCAUACCUGUUACGACUCAGGUGUUUUUUCAUUGAAUGUAAAGACUAAA